AUGGCUCUCCUCGUAGACAGAUUACGUCCACGAUCGCUCGAUUCACUAACCUACCAUCCUGAACUCUCUGCACGGCUAAAAUCCCUGGCACAAAGUGGCGACUUCCCCCAUCUACUAGUAUAUGGCCCCUCCGGUGCAGGCAAAAAAACCCGCAUAAUCGCAACCCUCAAAGAACUCUACGGACCCGGCGUCGAAAAAAUCAAAAUCGACGCUCGCGUUUUUCAGACCACUAGCAACCGAAAACUAGAGUUCAACAUCGUUGCAUCCGUUUACCAUCUUGAAAUCACGCCCUCAGAUGUAGGCAAUUAUGACCGCGUUGUUGUGCAGGAAUUAUUGAAAGAAGUCGCUCAAACACAACAAGUCGAUCAAUCAGCCAGACAACGAUUCAAGGUCGUCGUUAUCAAUGAAGCAGACCACUUGACACGUGAUGCGCAGGCCGCUCUGCGUCGAACUAUGGAGAAAUACAGCCCCAAUCUACGUCUCAUAUUACUAGCGAACAGUACCUCGAAUAUCAUUGCGCCGAUUCGCUCACGAACACUCUUGGUGCGUGUUGCGGCGCCAUCCGAAACAGAGAUCUGUGCUGUGCUCAAGUCGGCGGCGGCGAAGGAGAAUUGGGCGCCGUGUGAUGAGUUGAAUAUGAGGAUUGCGAAGGAGAGUGGACGGAAUUUGCGACGGGCUUUGCUUAUGUUUGAGGCUAUUUAUGCGCAGAAUGAGAAAGUAUCUGAUAAAACUCCAAUUCCUCCACCGGAUUGGGAGGCGCUCAUUUCAAUGGUUGCGGAUGAGAUAUUGGCAGAGCGAUCUCCGGCCAGGAUAUUACAGGUUCGGGAAAGGCUUUAUGAUUUGUUGACUCAUUGCAUUCCGCCUACGAUGGUGUUGAAGACGUUGACAUUCAACCUAAUCUCCAAGGUCGACGACGCCUUGAAGCCAGAGGUUAUCAAAUGGUCGGCCUUUUACGAGCAUAGAAUUAAGUUGGGCAGUAAAGUCAUCUUCCAUCUUGAGGCUUUUGUGGCCAAAUUCAUGCGCAUCUAUGAAGGAUACUUGAUGGGCAUGGACUUUUAA